AGCAUUGCAAGCGAGCAUUUUGAGCAUGUGGUCGAGUACGCGUUGGCCGUGUGCAAAGCGUGCAGGCACGGCGUUUUGCCCAGCCAGAUCAAGAGCCAUGUGCAGCGCACGCACCCCGCCCAGCGCAAGCAAGCCAAAGCCAUAGCAGAGGAAGUAGGCAACUGGGCCGGUUUGAUCCAGUACGCCAGCGAGCUAGAGGUACCCAGCCAGGUCAUCGAGCCCAUCCAUCCGUUGCCCGUGUACACAGACGGGAUGUUGUGUCGAUUGGACCCGGACCGUUGCCGCCAGAUAUUCCGAAGCGAACGCGUAAUGAAGAACCAUUGGCGGGAUGCCCACGAGUGGUCGCCAGCAGAGAAAGGCGGACGCCCAACCCAGGUGCAGCAGAAGAAGAUACGGGAGCGCGUCGACAGGUAUUCCGAGAGAGUGCAUUGCCAGCGGUUGUUGGUGCAGGGCCAGGGGUCGCAGUAUUUCCAGGUCCAGCAGCCCACCGACGACGGACCAGAGGCGGUGCCCAUCGGCGGCGACGCAGCGUGGGCGCAGGUGGGCGAGCAGAUGGCCAAGGCGUGGGCCAGCAUCGAGACGCGGCGGCAAAACACCAUCCAGGAGGGCGAGCGAGACGAGGUGAACCCGUGGCUGGAGCGGACGCAGUGGUUGCCGUAUCUGGUGGGCAUGGAGCGGCCCGAGUUGUUGGCGUGCAUCGACGAACCCGCGGCAGAGCCCGAUCCCAGGCAGGAGCAGCAGGCCGAGCCCGUGGAGGCAGCCAUGUGGGCGGCGAUGGAGGGAUUGGCGCGGUUCAGUCAAGCGUCCGUCAUCCACCGCAUCGGCGUGUUUGUGCGGCUGGAGGCCAUCCGGACGGAGAAGCACCAGACGCGGUACCAGCCGUUGCAGCCGUACAUGGACGAGCAGUCGAUCGUCAAGCACGUGCGGCCGUGGCAGCAGAUGGUCAUGUUUUUCGCACGCACCCAGCGCGAGCACACGUGGAAGAGCCCCGCGUACCGGUUCACACGCCGGCAGCGAGACGCGUGGGAGGCGUUGGUGGAAGAGGCAGAGAGGAUUGCAGAAGGGGGGGCAGACGACGAAGAGGAAGGGGAAGGGGAAGAGAUGGACGUAGACGACGGCGAGGAGGGCAUGGCAGACGACGUCGACGAGGGCAUCGACGAGAUGGAGACAGAUAGAAACACAACCGCCGACGCCAUCGUCGAGCCGACCAAGUUGUCGAGCAUCCAGCGGGCGUGUUUGGAGUUUUGCAUCGCGUUGAUGAGCCAGAAGAUCACCCGCAGGGAGUACGACAGCGCGUUGGUGUGCGCGUUGGCCGUGUUGGGCGUCAACGAGGACGGUUGGAAGGGCGCCGAGCAGUAUCCGCCCGUUUUGUCGGCCGUCAUCAAGGUGGCGCGGUUCAUGGUCGUGCAGCAGGCGUUGGAGUUGUCAGGCGCGGCCAACGACGAGGAGGGAGACGAGCUGGACGAUUUUGACAGCGACAGCGCGUACGAAAGCGACAGCAGCCCGCCCCGACGCCGGCGCAAAGGAUGUUUGCAGUUCGUGCAGGAGAUGAUGGACCAGUUCAUGGUGCGCGGCAGCCACAGCCCGAUGCAGUGGAUGCUGGAUCUGCGGACGUACGGUUUGAAGAUCCAUUACAACACCACGUCGCGCGGGCACGUCGAGUGGGUUGGCCGGGACGAG